ACUUGGUUUUCUCUCUUUCUCUCUCUCGAAUCCUCUCGAGGAAGGUGAUUUCUUUGGCGAAAGGCGAUAUUGAUCGAUUAUGCAUGUCUUCGAUCAAGCCUCUUCUUGUUAUGAUCGGUGGGGAAAGGCGAUUGAUCGGGGGCUUUAUACGACGGCGACGGAGAUUUCCCGCGGUGGCUCGGCUAUAAUCAAAAGGUAAUACGGUUGUUAUGUUUUCAUUAAGCAUGUGAUUGCUUAUUGUUCAACUUGUUCUGAUCGCAAUUUUUACUCUUUUUUUGUUUGUUCGGUUUGAUUUUGUGUAUCGGUGGCGACGGAGCUCUCCUCGACGGCGCUGGAGCUCUCCUUGACGGCGCUGGAGCUCUCCUCGACGGCGCCGGAGCUUUCCUCGACGGCGAUGGAGCUCUCCUCGAUGGCGAUGAAGCUGUCUCUCGGUGGCGACAGAGCUCUUUCACGGUGGCUCUCCUCGAAUUUCAAACCGGCUGCAUGGAUCCACGGUACAAGAGGAAGGAACCUCAAAGCAGUGGACCACAAAGCAGAGCAAUACAUGUUAUUGGACUCUUUGCAACUCACGGAUUCUGUCUUGGACUGUCUUGCAACUCUCUUCUCUCCUUUCUGUCACGGACCAGCAAAGAAACUUUGGCAUCAUGCUAUUGUUUGUCACGGAUUGUGGUUUCUGUUUGUUUGUAGUAUCAGGUCUUGUCAAGACCUCGUGUUGUACUCACUUGUCAAGAACUCGUGUUGUAGUCCCUUUCAUGUCACGGACUUUUGUAUUUUACUCUAAUGUACUCUCUUGUCAAGAACUCGUGUUGUAUUAUCUCAUGUCACGGAUUUUCUUAAGCAAAGUGUAAGAAAGUUGUAUAAAUGCAUGAUCUUUCUUCUUA